CCAAAGAAGAAGAAGAUGAGCCGUAAAUUAUCCUUCUGGUUUCCAUUACAAUGCUAAAAUCCUCUAGCCUGCUGUCCAGCCUAACGUUACUCUCGACAUUUCAGUUCACGGUGGAUAUUAUGUGUUCAACUGGACCCUCUCGCCUUUCUCAGUGCUGGUGACUGUGUGAUAAAUAUGUUCCCUUGCAGAUUUUUACUCUAAUCGCUACCCGGUGACAGGACCUUAUAUCUUUUGCCACCGCCUGACUAUUCCAGUCUGCCCAUGCUAUAAUACAGUCAGUGAUGCUGGAUGCUGCUAAAUAACAAGCAUUUUGGGGGGUGGGGUUGGUGGGUGGUGGUGGUGGUUGAGGACUCUAACUAAACUCAUCAAAAGACUGCCAUGUUUGUGUUUAGAAUGAGAAACUGAGCCAGGAGGAAGUGGAAAGCAAGUGAGCCUGAAGGGGCUGAAGUGCUUGUGUUGGUGAUAUAAAAGAAAAGCCAUCCUAUCAGUAGGUUGGCAGCACCUGAGGCAGCCAGGCCCUGAGGAUGACUAGCCUGUUCAGGCGCAGCAGCAAUGGAGGCUCCAGAAGUAGUGGAAGUGGUGGUGGGGGCGGUGGCAGUGGGCAGGGGCAGCUCAACAACAGCAGGCCCAACCGGCAGGUUCGACGACUGGAGUUCAACCAGGCCAUGGAGGACUUCAAAACCAUGUUUCCCUCUAUGGACUAUGAGGUGAUUGAGUGUGUGCUGCGCUCCAACAACGGAGCUGUGGAUGCCACCAUCGACCAGCUGCUCCAGAUGAGCAUUGACGGACAGGAUUCAGAUGACAGCUCAGACUCAGAUGACAGCAUCCCACCAGAGAUUCUGGAGCGAACACUGGAGCCUGACAGUUCAGAUGAGGAACCACCUCCAGUCUACUCUCCACCAUCUUAUGAUAUGCACAUUUAUGACAGGAAAUACCCAGAAUCCCCACCAACACCCCUGCCAAGAUUUGAAGCAGAGGCAGGUCACCAGCAAGUCAGAAGUUACCGGAACUGGAACCCUCCUUUGCUUGGAAAUCUCCCAGAUGAUUUUCUGCGGAUCCUGCCACAGCAGUCAGACAGUAUAAAGAUGAGCUCUCAGAGCAGUCUAUCCCAGCCUUCAUCAUCAUCCUCCUCCUCAGUUUCUUCAAUAAGCCAAUGGACAGCCCAGACUGGUUCUCAGUCUGGAGCUGCAGGGAACACUGGAGAUCCAGGUUUGACGACGGGAGUUGUAGAGCAAGACAAGAAACUGAAGCAGUAUCUGGAAGACGAGCGCAUCGCCUUGUUCCUGCAGAAUGAGGAGUUUAUGAGAGAGCUGCAACGCAACCGCGAGUUCCUCAUCGCCUUAGAGAGAGAUCGCUUGAAGUAUGAAUCAAAGAAAUCAAAGUCCAAUCAUUCAUCUAGCACGGAGAAUUCAACAGGAGAACAGUACUCUGCAGCUUCAGUGGAGGCCGUCUCAGAUGACGCACUGUUCAGAGCCAAACUCAAACACAUGGGCAAAUCAACGAGAAAGAAGCUGUUUGAAAUUGCGAGAACGUUCUCAGAAAAGACAAAGAGGAGGAAGUCAAAAAGAAGGAUGCUGCUGAAGCACCAUUCAUUGGGCUCAGCCAACUCUACAGCCAAUCUCCUCGACGAUGUGGAGGGAAACCCCUGUGAGGAAGAUAGCCAGCCUAGAAGAGCAAACACUCAGGAAGAGAAUGAACAACGCAAAGAGCCGAUAUCAUGAUCCUCCGAUGCUGCACCAUAUCAGGGUUACCAUGGCGAUGACUGCAUGACCCAUGGCUGGUGGCCUUGCAGCUCUUACUGUCCCCACCUGCUCACCCCAUCCAAAUCGAAACCAGCCAAUUUCAGGCUCAGCAAUGAGUUUUAGACUGUUCCCAUUACUGGGCUGUGUAUAAAUGCAUUAUCUCUGUAUUAUAACACUUUGUUUUUGUAUGUAAAGCUAUGUAAAGCAAAAUGCAUUAGUCUCACCAAUAUUUGUUAAGAGUUAUCCUUUAAUCCAAUGAGAGGAACACUAGCAGUGAUAUUGCCAUAUGAACCUUUGUUACUCUUCCAGUCUUGUACAAGUCUUGUAAAGGCCCCCUGGGUCCCUAAGGCUGGGUUUUUCAAAUCCCAAGUGUACACAUGCCCCUUUAUAUUAAACAAGGUAGAGUUUUUUUUACCAUAUCUUGUUAACCCAAUUGUUAUAUGUUGCUUUUUUUUUAAACAUCAGGACUUAUGUAACUGAAAUUCUUGUGUGUCAGAAUAUUAUGGCCAAUAAAGUUAUUGCUGCCCAAAUAUCAAAACUUCUCCAUGGCCAUAAUAACCUGCUAAUCACAUUUAAAGAACUGUGUUUUUAGAAAGCAUGUUUGGAAUAAUGGACUUGAAUUCUGCAGCGUUUGGAGCAGUUUACUAGUUUGGCUUGUUAGGCAAGGUGAAAAAAGUAUAAUUCAAUCUAUUGUAGCACCACUAACGACACAGUUGGCACAGGUACCAGUUGUGAUGAGCCAUGUUGUCAGAACAUUAAACAAGGAUGACGGACCAUGAGCAAACAGGGUUAUCACACAAAGAAUAACUUACUAAGUUUCAAAAGGCUAACUGAAUGAGUCUGUGUAACUGUAAAGCCAUGAUAUACUUGAAACUAAUUAUUGUAAUUUUUAGAAAGUGUGUCAGUCCAAGUCCAAAGGUUUAUGCCUUUUCUGAAUGAACACACUCAAAGGCAUUGUGAAAAGGCUGCAGUCAGAGAGGGCUAUGAUUUGAUAAUGAUUUAAAUUUGGCAUAAUUGCACAUUUUCAGACAGUCUCCUUGAAAUCAUUCACAAUGUUGGACUCAAUUGUACUCAUGAAAGAAGACAGAGGUACUUGUGUGAAGAAUGAAAAGAUCUUGAGAGAAGUUCAAACACCUGGCCAAUUAUACAGUGUCAAGGGAGUGUGUUUGUGUGGUUGUCUGUUUCUGAGAGAAACAAAAAUUGUCAAGUGCAGAGCCCACCCUGUGCUGUUGUUGGAAAAGUGUGGUUUGAGGGGUCAGAUGCUGGUUGACUAUUCAACUUGGUGUGAAGCAUACUGAGGCAUUUGGAUAAAAAAGGUCAGUUUUCUACAUAACAUAUGGUUGUCAUACCUACGGACUUAUCAAAUCAAUACAUUCCUACAAUAAGGUAGCACAUUUUUGAGUGAUGAUGGCACAGACUGGCAUUUGUGGGCAAUACUGUAUAUUUAUGUUUUUUUGGGAACAUUGCUGUCAGCUUGCCUAUUGAACCAAACUAGGAGUCUGAAUACACUGCUCUAGACAUGUUUGUCUAUAAACUACUACUAUAAAUAUUCUGCCAAGUUUCCAGAAUUCAAGAUUUGAACUUGAAAGAUUUUUGCAAGAUGAUAUAGAAAUAAAAAAUAUCACUGAC